AUAUAUAUAUAUAUAUAUAUAUACAAAACGAAAACAAUUUUGUUUACAAUUCGAUUGAUACACGUUUUGACGGUUACCAUGGAAUCAUUAAAAUCGACUUUACUUUUCUAUAAAUACAAUUUACUGCGAUUUUAUAUUCAUUGUAUUUUCAUUGUUUUUAUUUCAUCAAAAUCAUAAUUUAUUCAUAAAUAAGAAGAAAAAAAUGAUUGGAAUAAUUGAUGAAGUUCUCAAUGAUCUUGGAUGGAACGAUGGAUUUCGAAUUCCAAUUGCCAAUGAAGAAAAUAAAAAAUUGGAAGAAGAAGUGGAGAAAAAACGAAAAUUGAAAGAUAAAUUAUCCUCAGAAAUGGAGGCCAAAGAGGAACUUGUGCAAACGAUAAAAAAAAAUAUUAUUCAUCUUACAUCGCAACAUGAUCAUAAUCAAAAUUUAAUUUCUGCCUAUUCAGCACAAACGGAGGCUGAAAAUAAUUUAUAUAAAACAUCACAAUCGACAUUUUCAAGUAUGAAACAAGAAAUAAAUCAAUUUGAAAAAGAUAAAAAUGAAACGUGCGAAAGAAUUGCCAACAUGGAAAAGGAUAUGUCACGAGUUAAUGAAAAAUUAAUAAUAAUGGAAUCAACGAUAAAAGUCGAUCAAACACGAUUGACAAAAUGGGAAAAAUCGUUACAACGCGAUAUAAAGGACAAUGAAAUAAUUCAACAUUUUAUUCAAUCGGAUACAAAAAAAUUCAAGGAAUACGAGCUUAAACGUCAAAAACUUGGCGAAGAAUUAGAAAAUUAUAGAAAUGGCAUUGUUAAAGCUGUUGAUAAAUUAAAUGAAAUUGAAAAUUCUUUAGAUCAAACGGCAAGAAUGUAUGUUCAAGCUUUAAAAGAAAGACGACAAUUAAUAAAUCAAUGGACACAAAGCGUUCUUAUUUUAAGACAAAGGGAUAAUUCUAUUCAAGAAACACGUAAAGAGAUGGGAAAUCUACGAGAAAUCGCGAAGGAAAAAAUGGAAUUAUUCGAGGAUGCUGAACAAUUUUUAAAACAUCAAAUUUCAAAUAAUAAAGAAUUAGACGAGAAUAUUGAACAAUUGGAGAAAGAAAUUUUCUUUGAAAAAGGAGAGCAAAAAAAACUCUCGGAAACUAUCGUAACAUUCGAAUCUGAGAUUCAAAUUCAGAAAAUGAAUUUACAUGAAAAUGCUUCACAAACACAAACGAAGAGAGCGAAUAUUAAAAGAAAAAAAAUUGAAAUCGAAAAUAAGCAAAUAAAAAUGCGAUCUAUCAACAAACAAAUUGAUAAUUUAAAAAUAACUUUGAAUGAUAUCAGCAAUCAAAAAAUGAAUGUCGAAGAUCGAAUUCGUCAAUUAGAGGAAAUGCUCGAGAAAGAAGAAAAACGUAAAAUUUCAAUAACCAAAGAGACAAAUCGCAUUCAAUCUCUAAUAUUGCGCACGACAAAUCAAAUAAAUGAAUUGGAAAAUGAGAGAAAAAUCAUUUAUCUAAGACAUCAGAGUGAGAAGAAAAAAAUUGAAGCUUUUGAUGUGUUUCGGAUGAAAAUCGAGAAAUUAUCAAAAAAAAAGAAAACUGAACUUUACAAUGUUGAAAUUGAAGUACAAAAAAAUGAAAUAAGAUUACAGCAUAUGACUGAUAUUGAAAAAGAUAGAGGUGAAAUUCAAAGAAAACAAAAAAUUAUCGAGGAUUUACAGAAAAUUUCAAUAGAAAAAAUGGGAACAUUAAAAUUACUACAAUCACAAGUAGAUCAUCUUGAUCACGAUUUAAAAGAAAUGAUGCAAGGACAAAUAAAAAAUAAUGAAGAAUUGGAACGUUUACGUGAUAAAAAACAAAAAUUAAUAGCAUUAAUAGACGGUGGUGAGAAACAACUUAUAUCAUUGCAAACAGCAAACGAAGAAAAGCAAAUUGAAGAAAAUUUAUUACGACUAAAAGUUAAUCAAAUUGAAAAAUUAAUGUCAAGUAUCGAUGGAAAAGUGUAUAAUUUAGAAAAAUAUCGUCUUCAAAUUGAAGCUAGCAUGCAAGAAAGAAUGGCAGAAAUUAAAGCACAACGCGAAAGUUUAUCGAUACAAAAACGUGUUGCUCUCAAUGAAUCUUCUGAAUUGCGUACAAUUAUAUCAGAGAGAAAAAAUCGAAUUCAACAAUUGCGCGCAAAAUAUGAUAAUAAUAAUGCAUUAAUUGGCAUUAAUCCAAAAGAUGGACAACCAUUAACGUCAACUUAUUUACAAAUACAAAAUGCCCAAGAAAAAUAUUUACUUCAAGAACAUGGCGAUGAACUCGAUCGAACAAUAAGAAAGUCUGAAUGUGAAAUUGAAAGUAUGGAAAAUACAUUGAGAGUUGUCAAGACGUGUAAUGACAAAUAUAAAUCAAGUUUAGAUCAUGUCGAUGAAAAUGGACCUGAAAAAAUGGAGCAAAAAAAAUUGGAGGAAGAAAUUUAUAAUAUUAUCGAGAAAAAGAAACAAAUACGCAAUAAUUUGGAAGAGAAGCAAAAAGAUCUAAAAAGAAUGGAAGAUAAUUUUGCAAUACUUAUCGAAGAUAUUGAAAGAAAGAAAGAAGAGAGAGUGGAAAAGGAGAGAUAUGUUGAAAAUUUGGAACGUCAAAUUACUGAGCAAAGGGAAAAAUUGUUGAGGGCAGAGAAAAGUCUUAAGAAGGCGUACAAGGACAUUCAAAAUAUGUGCAUGUGCACUGACGAUCAUACAAUUUUAUGGCAGGAGAAAGAUAUUUCAGCAAGAGAAUUACACGAUUUAAACAAUUCAGUUCUACAGCAAGUGGCUGAAUUCACAAUUCGUCAUGUGGAGGCAGAAGCGUAUGUAAAAAAAUUGCUUGCUUCUAAAAAUAUCGAAUUGCCAUCGAAAUAUUACAUGAGACCAUCGCCCAGUUCUAGCAGAUGUGAAAGUCGAGCUUAAAAUUUUUUACAUGAAAAUAAUUGGAAUAAAUUUUUUUUUUUUUUGAAGCUUUGAUUACAUACAAAUAAGUUAUUAUUAAAAAAUUUCUUUAUUAAGAAAGUUAAUUAUUUUUCUUUUAUAACUUAUACAAAAAAAGCCUAUAUAUUUAUAUUUAUUGAAACAGUAAUAUAUGAAUUAUUAUAUAAAAAUAAAAUAUUUACCUCCUCAACUGCUUCUUAAUAAUAUUUUUUAGAAAAAGACUACAUUUUCCCAAAAAUUGUAAUAAAAAAAAUUGUUCACAAAAAUUUUUUUUUUCUAAAAAUAUAAAAA